AUGGCUGUGCAAGCUACCCAGGUGUAUCUUGAAACAUAUCCUACUCUAAAGAGGACAGGGAAUGAAUGGUUGGCUGUUUGCAAGAUAAAGGCACGCUCAGUUGUAGAUGUUCCAAACAUAGCUGAGCAACCUCAUACAUUGAGCGAUCCAGCUUUGCAAGAGGAUGAUAGUCAAGUGCAUGAAAUUGAUUGUAAUGCAAAUGAAACACUUCAAACACUGAAUGAUCCAAAUCGUAUGCUCGUUGACAUGGAGGACGAUGAUGAGAAAGAGGAAGAGAAAGAGGACGAGGACGAGGAUGAGGAUGAGGAUGAGGAUGAAGAUGAAGAUGAAGAGGAGGAGGAGGAGGAUGAGGAGGAAGGAGAGGAAGAAGAAAGUGAAUAA